UAAUACUUUCUAGUAGUAUAUAAGUGCCUAACCACAUAGACUCUCUUACUAGUUUCUCUACUUUCAAUUCUUUCAAAGAAAACAUAAAGGUUUUAUUGUGAGAGAAAGAAAAGGAAAAUAAGAUGAUGAAGUUGAGGUCAAAGAGGUUUUGUAGAAGCAUAUCUAAACUUGGCUUUGGAAACAAAGUAGUAGCAUCUCCAAUUGAGAAGGAUUGUAGUGAAAAUAGUGAAAUCGAAUGGGAACUUAGGCCUGGUGGCAUGCUUGUACAAAAAAGAGAGGGUAACAAAAGUGUUGGGGAGAUAAUCACAAUUAGAGUCUCAACUAUGUCAAAGUGGCAUGACAUUUCUAUUGAAGAAACUUCAACUUUUGGUGAAUUGAAGAUGGUUUUGUCACUUGUAACAAGUUUGGAGCCAAGAGAGCAGAGGCUUCUCUACAAAGGUAAAGAGAGGGAUGACAAUGAAUUUCUUCACAUGAUUGGUGUUAGGGACAAAGACAAGGUUCUUCUUCUAGAAGAUCCAGCUAUCAAGGAAAUGAAGCUACUUGGUUUGGCAAGAGGACAAUCUAUUAACAAUCCUUGUUACACAAUCAGAGUAUAAUAUGAAUCGUCUGAUCUUAAUUAAAUCGUCACAAUAUCUCAAAUAUGUGAAUAAUCGAUCUAUUAACCGGAUGAAAUCCAAAUUCAUGAUACAAUCAAGCUAAUUCCUCAAACUCUUGAUUAGUAUUUGUGCUAACAAGGAAAAAAGUGAAGUGAAGUCUAAUUAAUUUGAUGUAAUGUAUCUUUCUUCACUUUUUGUUUAGAAUAUAGGAACUUAAUUAUUACUAUGUGUACUUAUCUAGUUGUUGGACAUUUGGUUGAUUUUAAUAUGUGUUAGAUGAUGCAAACCCAUGUUAUGUUGAAGUGUUUGCUUUAUUAUUAAUAGAUGUGUGUUGAUUCCUUUUGUAUUGUACAAAUUUUUAUUUUAUUUUUAUGUUAUGGUUUUUGUCUUGUUAUUCAA